AUGGAUAUCUGGCAGGUUCAGAUUUUCAGAGUGUGGGAUAUCCAAACACUUUCACUGAUGCAAGUCUUUCAUGACUCUCAAGGGACACCCAGAGAGUCACAAAUCUUUUCCAUGGUAUUUGACAGUAACCACGGGACACUUAUUACAGGAUCAUCAGUCAUCGAUAUUUAUCCUCUCACUCGGAUGAUACAAGACACUAAACAAGUUCCCCAGACUCAUGAAAGGGGCAUCAAUGUGCUGGUUUACAAUAAAGCUUUUCACCAAGUUCUUACUAUCUGUUCUGAGUCUAUUGCAAAGGUCUGGGAAUUGGAAACAGGACAGUUAAUAUACCAGAUUGAAGAUGCCCAUGGGCCCGGUGUUGAGCUGACAUGCGCAGCAGUUGAUAAAAAUGGAUUUCAUCUUGCUACUGGAGCAUGUGAUGGGACUGUGAAAAUAUGGGAUUUUGGAAGUGGGCAGGUACUUAAAGUUUUGCCCUUAGGCAAGGAAAUCAAUGACAAUGAACAUUGGCUGAUGCAGAUGAUCUACUUGAAAGCCAGUGGGAGUAAGCAUGUGAUCCUGGUCUUGGAGUACAGCGGAAUGAUCAAAAUUGUUCAGGGUAAUGAAGGUGAAAUUUACCUGUCUAUAACCUGGGAACUCCCUGAAGCUGUGUCAUUUGCUCUACAAGGUUAUCCACUCAUAUCCCUAAAACUGAGUACCAAUGUCAAGAAAAUUAAUGGUUUUUUUCCGGACGUUCAACUGCUGCUUGAUACAGAUCUAAUAAACUCAGCUACAGAGCUACCUCCUGGGAUUGAAGUGAAGUGCUUUGAUUUGUUAAAAGUAGAAGGUUACAGUUUGUUAGCUACUGCAAGUGCAAAUGGUUCUAUCAUCAUGUGGGAUUUUGAAGCUGCCACAGCCAGACACAUAUUCAAACCUCAAGAUGCUAUUCACUCAGAUAGACCUGAAUUACUCAAAAUCAACUGGUUACUAUUCCUUUAUCGAGGUACCCUCUCUGAGAGGCAAAUGAGUGAAUCUUCUACCAGUUUUUCAGAUCCACAGUGUGAGGAUAUUCCUACACAGGAAGGAGAAGAGAAUGCUUCAGUGUUAAAAAUGUUAUGUUCAAGGAAAGAGAAAUACGAAUACUGUUUGAAUGAUGAAUUAUCUUCUGCUUUAGAAACAAAGCUUCCAGAUUCUCUCCCCUCAGGGAGCAAAGGAAUAAUAUCCAAGGUAUUAUUAGCUAGAGAACAACCUGAUCAUCACUCUAUACCCAUACUUGCCUCAGCACAUGAAGACGGUUUCAUUUAUCUAUGGACUAUUACGGGAGAUCUACUGAAAGAAAUUUUGCCUUUCACGAAACAUCCUCCAAUUCCUUUGACAGCACUUUGUACUGAUGGGUCUACCAAAAUGCUUUUUGCUGCUAAUAAAGAGGGGAAUGUUAUCCGAUGGAAUGUUGGCUCUUUCCUGGAAGAUCCGCGAGAUGUCAACAAGCAUAUAAAGCAACAGAUUUGCUGGCGAGCUCAUUCUGCUAAAAUAGUCAGCCUGUUUUGUGAUGAUGAAAGAAGCGUAGUGGUAACUGCAUCCACUGAUGGUUCUGUCAGACUUUGGCAUUCAACUCGUGGACUCUACUUUGGCUAUUUUGGACAGCGCAGAACAUUUGAAAUUACUGAAUCCACCGAUAUAAUUUUGCCCUGUGAUGUAAAUGAAAUUCCAUUCACAAUAAAAGAAGACAGCAAGUUUAUGGAAAAAAAGCAGAAGUUUGAAUAUCCUCUAGUCCUUGACAGGGAGAGAUGGAAGACACUGACCAAAUCAUCUUUAACUGUGAAAAAGCCUAGCCCAUACGAAGUUGAUCUGGAUUUUAAGUUUUUCAAAGCCCUGGCUUCUCCCAAGAUCAAUAAAUACCCUUUGGAAAGUUUCAAAUCUGGAAACAAAGAUAUUGGCAUUGUAUUUGGAGCUAUACCAAUCUACAGGGUUGUAACACCUCCAAGGCUGAAAACUGUUUCUGCAGAUCAAGAUGGUUCUUCUGAAAAUAUGGCCAAGCGAAGCAAAAUUGUUCUUACUUCACCAUCACGUGCAACCUCUCGAAAAGGUACAAAACUCAGUCAGAUGCCACUGACGCCUGUUCCUUCCUCUCCCAUUGUUUCCAGUACAACUCCGAAAACUGUGAAACAGUAA